AUGGCUACAGCAACCGCAGAACCGCAUGAAGACUUGGCGUGCGUACAAAAUCUGGCCCUGGAGCACCAUAACUACUACCAUGCGGAACAAAGCACCUCUGAGUCCAGCGGAAUUCCCGCUGCCACUGGUGCCAACGCGUCCUCUCGUUGCCAAAACAAGCCGAUGGAGGACAUUCCUGAGGAGGAAUGCUGGCUCUUCAAACCCUCUAAGGUAACGGGUUCAUCACUCUUCUUACCCAAUAACUCCUCUCUCUUGUGGGCGCGCGAGGUCUUCGACUCUCCAUCUUCUGAGUUUUAUCACCGACGUCGCGAUCUUCUGAAUCGCCUUGAGUUUAUCCUUGCCACGGAACCGGCCAAACGCUUACCAAAUCUUGGGGGAAGUGUUCCUGCUCUCAAUACCACCCCCACAACUGUCGCUCCUACUCCUCUGGCCAAAUCUCGUGCCGUCGGCGGUGGCAGUGGGCAGAAUUUUGGUCCGGGCAGUAGCGCUACUUUCGUGCGACCAAAACGUCACGCAUCAGAGAUGUUACCGCAGCACUCACAUCAGCGCUCAUCUCCUGCUGGUAGCCACUCUCCGGUGCAUUUCAAGACCUCUUCCGGUUCAACUGAUGAUCUGCAAAAUGUCGCCGAUUUGCAGAGCAUGGCUCGCAAACAAGAGGAUGAACUGAAAGCUGAGGUCGCGGCUAUCUCUGCUCACCAGCAAGCCUCACGUAUGGGUGGUAGUCAACAGUCUCUCAAUUCAGCUAACCGAUCUGGCCAAGAGAGCCCCUAUAACAGCCAAUCACGGCUCAACAUAUCCUCUAGUCCCUCUCCUAGCGACAUCGCCAAGCAACAGAUGACGGCCUUGCGGCUGUCAUUUGACAGUCAGCGCCAUGCUUCAGCACUGCCUCGUGGUGGGGAGAGUGACGAGAAUAUGAUAGUAGGUGGCGAAGCAAGUAUUACCUCACCGGGCCUGCGAAACAGUCUGGAUCCGACGCAGACACUUCUCGUUGAUAAUGUUCCUCCACCUGGAGCUCAACAAGCAGUAAUCGUAGGUCGACCAAUAGGGAAGAUGGUUUCCCGUCUGCCUGCACCGAUGCGUCGGGGACCUCGAUUUCCUAGUACUGAGACUCUCCCUUCUUUCGGUUGGGGGGAUGGUCUCUACGGUGGUGGGCCGAUGCGACGCAGUAGUCAAGAGCAACUGGCUGCUCGACGUAUUCCCGUACCUCCGCCACGCUCUGGUUCCUCCCUCUCUGGCAUGGGACUUCAGCAGCAGUAG